CUAAAACGAAGAACUUAAGACACCUGCUAUAAUUUGUCUGUGACCUAACUUGCAGGAAGAACUUUGAAAAAUCAUGAGAACUAAAAUUAACUUUGAUCUUUUAGUUAAUUGUUUUUGUUUUGAUAACAGAGUGGUUGACAAACAGUGAUGUGUGGCGACUUGUUGAUGGAAGGCAGUUUUUAUUCGAACUGUUGUCAUGUUUGUAAGUUGCAUCAACCCGAUGUUGAUGUGAAGCGAUGCAGCAAAUGUCGAUUGAUUUCAUAUUGUUCUGUGAAACACCAAAAGAAACAUUGGCCAAAGCAUAAAGAUCUGUGCAAAAGUAUUGUGAGAAUAUGCCACAAUAGCGGGGUGUCGGCGUUAUUUGAAACUCUCAAUGCGCACAUGACGACGAGAGAAUGGUGUACUCUUCGCACGAAAUAUAUGGCUGCUGCUGAAGUCUUUGUAGCGAGAAAACUAUGUAAAUACGAGCGUGAGAUGUUUUUCUUCCCAAGAGUUUGUAGGGUCUGCAAAAUGUUCAAUAACGGCGAUUUGAUUGAUUGUGGCGAUUGUCUGUCAGCAAGCUACUGUUCAGUUGACCAUCAGUUAAAAGAUUCAACGAAUCACUCGGGAGUGUGCAGUGAUUUGAAACUUUGUUUGGAAAUUGACACAAAAGUGAAAAAUGAUUUGGAUUUUAGCACUCUAAUGGUGACAAGUCAAGAAGAGUAUACUCUUUUGCCCAAGAACACAAUAGAUUUUAUACAGUCCCAUAUUACGUUUGAUAAACUGGUUACUCUGCCUCCACAGUUGGUGUUCGCGUAUGUGUCAGAGCUUUUCUCAUGUCCUUUAACGCUGUUGUAUGCCCUCGAGAGAGAGAGAAUUAUGAGAGCCUCCCUUAUUGUGCAUGUUGUUGGUGCUAGUUACCUUGAGUGCUCCUUUUUCUUCUCUUGGGAAAGUGUGUUGCACUGGUUACCACAUGUAAAAUAUUUAUCUGUUGUGUUCAUUGGACCAGAUGUUAUUGAGGGUAAAAGUUUCACGUUGUGCUCGGGAUGUGAAAAAAAGGGAAAGGGGAUCAACAUUAAACUUUACAGUGGCAUGUAUCAUGACUUCGUUAAGUCAGUUAGUUAUGAGACUCCGUCUAUAAUCGUGGCAUACAAUAGUGGUAUUGAUGAACAGAGUUCUCACGACACAUGGGGCCAGUCCAUACCAUUUUUUCUGAAAUAUGAUGCAGUACCGUUUGUUUUAACUUCAUAUACGUUAUCGGAGGCAAUAUCAGAUUUAAAUAAAAUAUGCGGAAUUGCAGGUUGUGAAAUUACUAUUUCUGUUUCCUGUGAAAGAAACCAAUUUUCAAGCCAACGACCUUACCGAGAUUGGGAGACAGACCCCUUAUGCACAUUUUGCUAUAACAACUACUUGAGUAUUGUAAAGCGUGGAAGUGAGAGUACAAAAUAAUGUAGAGGGCAACAAAAUAGUUGUCUGACUGAAUGGCUUAAGGACAGUAUUUGUGCUGUAUGGGGUGUUAUUACAGGUACGUGCAGAGCCUUGUCAAUUGCAGCUAGCUGCACACUUGCAAACUGCCCCUACUACUCCUUGGUGCCUCAAUUUGUCAAUGACAAAGCUAUUUUCUUAAAGUGAUACAUCGUGCUUAGGCUACGUCUAGAGACUGUAAUUAUUGUUAAGAACUUUGCUAUGUUUUUUAUGACUUUAAUAGUUUAUAUCACCAUUGCAGUGUUUGUAUUGUAAUGCAGUGUACCUGAAAUUUCUCUUUGGUAAUAAACAGGUCUUAUAAAAAUAUUGAAAAUUAUACACUGUUUACACAAUCUAGAGGUACUAGCCGUAGAAUUUUUUCAGUUGCGAGUGUACCUAGAUAAAGAGGGUUGUGAUGACAAAAUCAGUGGUUAAAUUUAUGUAGGUGAUUCCUGGCAGCAAACCAAGAAAGGAAAUACCCAUAAUAACAUGUAGAUUGAAGUGCAAUUAGAUAUUAAACAGAGCAUGUGUUUUAAAAAUUGUAUAGUCUGUAUUAAAGUAGCAUUUGUGGCUCUAAGGGCAGACCCCUCAGUUGCCACAUAAUAAUUUAUUUUAGUGUUAUCACUUGUAACUACUUACUGUACAUAUCAGGUAUUGCAUUGACACAAUAGGUUGUCUACACACACCAAAUUUACAGUCGAGUUGGUGGCCGAUGUGGACUGUAAUUGUAAAUGCCUUUAUGGUCACUGCCAUUAGCCAUUGCGCCAAGUGUCAACUUGGAUUGCACAGAUAACAUCCACAUUUUGGAAAUUAUCUGUGAAUACUUGCUUUUCAGAGACCACAAGAAGAAGUAAAUUUAUAAAGAACCAUUAAGGGCAUGCAACCUCUACUAUGAAUGCUUUCGAGGGAAAUUUGCAUGGAGCAGGAGCAGUAGCUUUACAGAAAACACACACACACACACACAGAGGUUGCAUGGGGAGAAGAGCUGUGUUAUUGAAAAUGGUUAAAAUAACCCCAUCACCCAGAUUCAAGAUACAAUUAAAAAUAAAGAAAUGGCUCUAAAACCUACCAGCCAAUGUUGCACAAACCUAAACCAACAAAAAGAUUAUUAUCGUGAAGAAUGCCCAGAGGAGACUACCACUCUGGAAAGUGCAGCUGCGCUCAGAAGGUUGAGUGGUGGUGGUAAUGGGGUAGAGGGCCCAAUGGAAAACACUGCUGACUGUGCAUGGGACUCGACCUGCUGCUCCCUGGCAGGUGAUGGAUGGCGGCUGCCGAUGUGGUGCUAAGUCCCAGGGAGGGAAUUUUAAGUGCUGAUAGCCGCAAGUGUGGACUGUAGGUUCCCGUGAGGAACUUAGUGCUGGUGGCAGUUGCAGCAUGGUCUGAUACUUGUGGCUGCUGCUGGCGAUGUGCAGUCGUCGUACUGUUCGGCAUUGCCUUGGCGUCGUGAUGGUGCUGCUGGACUCUGGCGACAAGAAUGCUUAUGCCUAAAAAUUAAGGCAUAUUUAUAUAGUCCUGAGGCACACAUUUAUUGCACUAAACCCUCACACCUAGUCACAUCGCUCAGAAGGAGAGAUUCUCUGUGGUGUGAUGACAUCAACCUGUCCCUAUGGUCAUUACAGCUGUGCAGUGCAGUUUUCCACUGAGCACAACUAGUCUCAUCUCACAGUCCUUUACUUGUAUGUUAUUCUGACUCUAUUGCAGCUGUUGAUCUGUGACUGCUAAGGCAGUACUUUAUAAAUUUGCUCAGUGUUCCCAGUAUGCUCUCGCAAAACAGCUUCUAAACUGCAUCAUAGAUAUGGAAAGUUUAUAGGAAAAUUAAGAGGCAAACUGGUUUUCAUACCACAAAUUCAACUCAUUCAGCUACCAUUCAGAUUUAAAAGGCAUAAGAUGAGGGCAGUUGGAAUAUUGACAAAUUGUUUUUUCCGCACAGACAACUUGGCGCGCCAUGUUUGCAGGUUCGACAAUCACAAGUGUCUUUCCACCCAAAAAUAUAACAGUUAGAUGCUAUACAAGUGAGA